AUGAUUGCCUCUUUGAGCUCCCUGGUGACUUCUUUCUGGGCAGCCCUCCAUCUCAGGACUUUGCUACUGGCUGCUGUCACUUUCCUGUUCCUGGUUAACAUGCUCAGAAGUCGGCACCCCAAAAACUACCCACCAGGGCCAUGGCGUCUGCCCUUCAUGGGCAACUUCUUUCAAAUAGACUUUGAGCAAAGACACUUAGUGCUUCAGCAGUUUGUGAAGAAAUAUGGUAAUGUAUUUAGUCUGGAGCUGGGCAGAUCAUCAGUGGUGGUUGUAUCAGGACUGCCAUUAAUCAAAAAAAUGUUUACCCACCUCGAUCAAAAUUUUGUGAAUCGCUUUCUGAGUCCUGUGAGAGAACGAAUCACCGGUAAUAAUGGAUUGAUUGGAUCUAAUGGGCAGACAUGGAAGGAACAAAGGAGAUUUGCCCUGAUGACACUGAGGAACUUUGGGUUAGGAAAGAAGAGCUUAGAGCAGCGCAUGCAAGAGGAGGCCUAUCACCUUGUGGAAGCCAUAGGAGAGGAGGGAGGACAACCUUUGGAUCCUCACUUGAAGAUCAACAAUGCUGUUUCCAAUAUCAUUUGCUCUGUUACCUUUGGGGAGCGCUUUGAGUAUGAGGACUGCCAGUUUCAGGAACUGCUGAAGUUGCUGGAUGAGGCUAUGCAUUUGCAGGGUUCAGUAGCAGGCCAGCUCUACAAUGCCUUUCCACGUAUAAUGAAGUAUCUUCCUGGACCACAUCAGAAAAUUUUCAGAAAUUGGGAGGAACUGAAAUUGUUUAUUUCUCAUAUAAUCAAGAAACACCAGAAAGAUUGGAACCCAGAUGAGCCAAGAGACUUCAUUGAUGCUUUCCUAAUGGAAAUGCAAAAGCAUUCUGGGAGGAAGACAAGUAGUUUCAAUGAAGAAAAUCUCAUCUGCAGCACUCUGGACCUCUUUUUGGCUGGAACGGAAACAACAUCCACAACACUGAGAUGGGCUCUGCUCUACAUGACUGUCUACCCAGAAAUACAAGAAAAUGUACAGGCGGAGAUUGACAGAGUGGUUGGCCACAAGAGGCAGGUGAGCUUGUCUGACCGAGACUCCAUGCCCUACACCAAUGCUGUCAUCCAUGAGGUGCAGAGGAUGGGCAACAUCAUCCCCUUGAAUGUUCCAAGGGAAGUGACAGUUGACACCAAGCUUGAUGGGUUUCACCUGCCAAAGGGAACCGUCAUCAUGACCAAUUUGACUGCCCUACAUAGGGAUCCCAAAGAGUGGGCCACUCCAGAAGUUUUCAAUCCAGAACAUUUUUUAGAGAAUGGGCAGUUUAAGAAGAGAGAAUCCUUUCUGCCAUUUUCAAUGGGAAAGAGAGCUUGUCUUGGAGAACAAUUGGCUAGAUCUGAGCUGUUCAUUUUCUUCUCUGCCCUUAUGCAAAGAUUUACCUUCAAGCCCCCAAUCAAUGAGAAGUUGAGCCUGAAAUUCAGAAUGGGCCUCACCCUUUCCCCAGUCAAGCACCGAAUCUGUGCUGUCCCUAGACUGUGA